CGGGAAGUCGGGGCAGAAAAAAAGAAAAAUCAGGCUCUCAAUUUUCUGCCAUCGGCCCCCCAUUCUUAUCGCUAGCACACAACUUUGGGUAUCUUUCCCUCCUAAAUUCCCCGAAGCACAUCCAAGUUAAUUGCUUCGAUUUAGACAAAAUGACUACUGUUCAAGUCGUCAACGUCUCUUUGCCCGCCCUUUCUGAGGGCUGGUCCGCCGAGAAUAACUUCAAGGCCGUUGGCACUCUCUCUGGUGCUACCCAGAGGAACUUGGAGGCUGUUGGCCCUCACUUCUUGGCCCACGCUCGUAGAAAGCGUCACCACCGCACUUUCUCUGAGGAUGAGAGAAUCCAGGCCCAGCAGAACGUCAAGAAGACUGAAGAGGAGGAUGAUGGCGAAAUCUCCGAGGACGAAGACCCCAUGAUGUUAUCUCGGGAUGCUAAGGACUGGAAGAGCCAAGAUCACUAUGCCGUCCUUGGUAUUACCAAGUACCGUUGGCGCGCCACCCCCGAGCAGAUCAAGCGUGCCCACCGCAAGAAGGUUCUCCGUCACCACCCCGACAAGAAGGCCGCCCUGGGUGACCGUGAUGAGAACGACAGCUUCUUCAAGUGUAUCCAGAAGGCCCACGAAGUGCUCUCGGACCCCGUCAGGCGUCGUCAGUUCGACUCCGUCGAUGAAGCUGCCGAUGUUGAGCCUCCCACCAAGAAGGAGGCUGCCAAGGGUAACUUCUACAAACUGUGGAACCGUGUCUUCGAGUCCGAGGGUCGUUUCUCCAAGAUCCAGCCCGUUCCUAAGCUGGGCGACGACAACAGCACCUUCGAGGAGGUCGACAACUUCUACAACUUCUGGUACAACUUCGACAGCUGGCGUACCUUUGAAUACCUCGAUGAGGAUGUGCCCGAUGACGGCGAAAGCCGUGACCAGAAGCGUCAGACCGAGAAGAAGAACGCCAACGCUCGCCGCAAGCGCAAGGUUGAGGACACUGCUCGUCUCCGUAAGCUCGUAGACGACUGUGCUGCUCAGGAUGAACGUAUUAAGAAGUUCCGCAAGGCUGCUCGUGCCGACAAGGACAAGAAGCGUCUCGAGAAGGAAGCCGAGGCUAAGCGUCUGGCUGAGGAGAAGGAGAAGGCUCGUCUGGAAGAGGAGCAGCGUAAGAAGGAUGCCGAGGAGGCCGCUAAGGCUGAGCGUGAGAAGGCCAAGAAGGCCAAGGAAGCCGCUAAGAACGCUACUAAGAAGAACAAGCGUGUUGUCAAGGGCUCCGUCAAGGAGGUCAACUACUUCGCUGAUGGCGAGGCUUCCGCCGCUCAGGUCGACUCCGUCCUGACCGACGUUGAGCUUAUCAUGAGCAAGAUUGAUGCUGAGGAGCUUGCCGGUCUGGCUGAGCGUCUUACUGCUGCUGGCAAGGAUGCUGCUGCUGUCAAGAACGUUUACGCUGAGGAGGCUAAGAGGCUGGUUGGUGCCGGUAAGCUCAAGGACGGCGAGACCAAGAACUUCUAGAGUACUCAUCUAGAAGGUACGACUUUGUUAUGAACAUAAUGCGUCUCUAGCACACGGUUCUUUGCUAGAGAUACUCGUCCAGCGAUCUGGCGCAUAGCUUAAAAAAAAACGCAUGAUCACGAUCUAUAGAUAGAUAGAUUUGGUUUUCAAAAGACUAAUGGAGGCAACGAUUCUGAUGCAUCUUAUACUUUCA